AUGUCUGAGCACGGAGAUGAUGUCCCCAUGGAGCAGGUCGCUGCUGAGGAGGUUGAGGUUGCUGCCACCGCUGGCUCCGCUACCAUGACCGUUGAGGACGCCCUCAAGGAGGUCCUCAAGCGCGCUCUCAUCCACGAUGGUCUUGCCCGUGGUCUCCGUGAGGCCGCCAAGGCUUUGGACCGUCGCCAGGCCCACCUUUGCGUUCUCUGCGAGUCCUGCACUGAGGAGGCUUACAUCCGCCUUGUCGAGGCUCUCUGCGCUGAGCACAACAUCAACUUGAUCAAGGUCUCUGACGCUAAGAAGCUCGGUGAGUGGGCUGGUCUCUGCCAGCUCGACCGUGAGGGUAACCCCCGCAAGGUCGUUGGCUGCUCCGCCGUCGUCGUUAAGGACUUCGGAGAGGAGUCUGAGGCUCUCUCUUUCUUGUUGGCCUACUUCAAGAACCAGUCCGAGUAA